AUGGAGUUUGAGGGAGCGCGAAAGAACAACAUGGAGGAGGAAGAAGAAGAAACAGUAAUGGAUGAGAGAAUCUACGUUGCACUAGGGAGAGAAACAGCGAAGAACAAGUCAAAUCUCACCUGGGUCAUAGAUAACUCUCCAGGGAACAAGAUCUGUAUCGUUCUUGUUCAUCGUCCUGCUCAAAUGAUUCCUGUCUUAGGUACAAAAUUCGAUGCAGCAACGGUAGAUGAAGAAUUAGUGAGAGCAUACAGAGGCAAACAAAAGGCCAAAACAGAGAAGAUUCUUGAUGACUACCUUCGUAUUUGCCUUCACAAAGGGGUCCAGGCAGAGAAGCUGUGUGUUGAGAUGGACUCGAUCGAGAAGGGAAUUGUGCAGAUGAUUUCUGAGAACAAAGUCAGGAAGUUCAUAAUGGGAGCAGCUGAAGACAAACACUAUUCAACGUAUUGUGUCCUAAGCUUCACGCUUGUGUUUCUUUUCACCGGUCUUGAAUCUGACAUUGGUGGUGAUUCAAUUUGCAGGAACAUGGAGGAUUUGAGAUCAAAGAAAGCUAUCUUCGUCUGCCAACACGCGUCUGCUACUUGUCAUAUACGGUUUAUCUGCAAAGGACAUCACAUCCAUACAAGGGAAGGUAGAAUGGAUGAAGUCAGAGCUCUCUCAUCUCUACUCUCUGACUUUCAGCGGCUUGUACUAUCCUCACAAUGCAGCAAAAACUCAGACAUGCAUAGUGGAAGUUCAAAAGGGAAAGGCGAGUGCGAGGAAGAAGAGGAGGAGAGAGCAUCAAGAACCAGCUCUUGUCGGUCUGCUGGUACAUUGUCAUACUUUGGAGGAUCUGAGGCUUCAUCAAGUUUGACGGAAGACAAAUCAAACCACUCAUCUCCUCCCUCUUUACCGUGCACUGGGAUGGGACUGGGGAUGAUAAACUUCCUGAUCAACUCCACAAAACUCUGGCAAAGACUUGCCAUCCAAAACCAUAAGCAUUGUGAGUGA